AUCCAGAAUAGAUAGAAACAAUGAUAAAGGCCAUAGUCCAAGCCCAGAUCAAACCCUAAAAAAACCCUCCAUCAUCAACUCGACGUGACUAGGUUUUCUUCCUUCCUCUCCCCCUCCGCUUCCCCCCGCCGCUGCUCGUCACUGAUUCAGAAUGGUUUUCGUCAAGUCUCAGAAAUCAAGGGCUUACUUCAAGAGAUUUCAAGUCAAGUUCAAGAGAAGAAGAGAGGGAAAAACCGAUUACCGAGCCAGGAUUCGGUUGAUUAAUCAGGACAAAAAUAAGUAUAACACACCGAAAUACCGAUUUGUUGUUCGAUUUACAAACAAGGAUAUCACUGCUCAAAUCAUAUCUGCUAGCAUUGCUGGUGAUAUUGUUCUUGCCUCAGCAUAUGCACAUGAACUGCCACACUAUGGUUUGGAAGUAGGCCUUACAAACUAUGCUGCAGCCUAUUGCACUGGACUCCUGUUGGCCCGUCGAGUUCUUAAAAAGCUUGAAAUGGAUGAGGAGUACGAGGGCAAUGUAGAGGCUACUGGAGAGGAUUAUUCAGUUGAACCUGCUGAGACCAGGAGGCCAUUCCGUGCUCUCCUCGAUGUUGGCCUUGUUAAGACCACAACAGGCAAUCGUGUUUUUGGCGCGCUCAAGGGAGCCUUGGAUGGGGGUCUGGAUAUUCCUCACAGUGAUAAAAGAUUUGCUGGCUUUGAGAAGGAGAAGAAAGAGCUUGAUCCUGAGGUUCACCGAAAAUAUAUCUUUGGUGGACAUGUUGCUGCCUAUAUGAAGACGUUGAUAGAAGAUGAACCUGAAAAAUACCAGUCACACUUCAGUGAAUAUAUCAAGCGCGGGAUAGAGGCUGAUGGACUUGAGGAUCUAUACAAAAAGGUCCAUGCUGCUAUUCGUGCAGAUCCCACAAUUAAGAAGGCUGAGAAGAAGCCACCCAAGAAAUCUAAGAGGUACAAUCUGAAGAAGCUCACCUAUGAGGAGAGGAAGGCAAAGUUAAUUGCACGAUUGCAGGCUCUUAAUUCAGCAGCGGGAGCUGAUGAAGAUGAGGAAGAUGAUGAGUGAAACUGAAUUGAAAAUGCAAGGCUAGGUUCAAUCUUGAAGUUUUAACGCGAAUUUUCGUGUUCAUUUUGUUGGAAAUUUUGUCGCUUGCACUUAUGUUUUAGGUUAAAGUUUUUGGAAAUGUUGAGCCUGAAUUGAUUUGUUUCAAUUUACAUGGUUUUAUGCACUAGAUAAUUUCUUACCAUGCA